GUCACGGGGAAGGGAGGAGGGUUGGGUAUAGUGUUCCCUCACUCGGUUGAACGGUGAUGGCGACGACUACGGAGGCUCUCUCCCCGGAAUGGGAAUUUGAUCGUUUUGAUGACGGCUCCCAGAAAAUCCAUGCUGAGGUCCAGCUGAAAAACUAUGGCAAGUUUCUUGAAGAGUACAGCUCCCAGCUUCGGAGAAUUGAAGAUGCUUUGGAUGAUUCUAUCGGGGAUGUUUGGGAUUUCAGUCUGGAUCCAAUUGCCUUAAAGCUUGUCCCGUACGAACAGUCUACUCUUUUGGAGCUCAUCCGGACAGAGAACAAGGUUUUAAAUAAAGUCAUAACAGUGUACGCAGCCUUGUGUUGUGAAAUUAAGAAGCUUAAGUAUGAGGCGGAAUCCAAGUUUUAUAAUGGCCUUUUAUUUUAUGGAGAAGGUGCUGCCGAUUCCAGUGUUCCGGAGGGUGAUUCCCAGAUACAAAUGGGAAGGUUUGUUUCAUUCUUACAGGAACUCUCGUGUUUCGUUACCCGGUGUUAUGAAGUAGUUACGAAUGUUGUCCAUCAGCUAGCAGCCUUGUACACAAGCAGCAGAACUGAACCCAAAAUUAUAGAAACCACAGGAGUUCAUUUUCUGACAAUGUAUGAGCACCUCGGAGAGCUGCUGACCGUUCUGUUGACUCUGGAUGAGAUCAUUGAAAACCACUCUGUGCUGAAGGAUCACUGGACCAUGUAUAAAAGGUUGUUAAAAUCUGUUCAUCAUAACCCUGUAAAGUUUGGGAUCCAAGAAGAUAAACUAAAACCUUUCGAGAAGCUGAUGAUGAAGUUGGAGAGCCAGUUGCUUGAUGGCACACUGUUUCAGGGCUGUGUUGAGCAGCAGUUUGACUCCUCCAAUGGUGGUCCAUCCGUAUCCAAGAAUGGGGCGUUCGCAGAAGAGUUUGCACACAAUAUCCGAACGAUAUUUUCAAAUGUAGAAGUUAAACUUGGUGAAGCUUCUGAGAUAGACCAGCGGGAGCGAUAUGUGGCACUGUGUGGACUGUUCGUCCUUUACUUCCAGAUCUUUCGCACCGUGGACAAGAAAUUGUACAGAUCUCUCUUGGAUGUCUGUAAAAAGGUGCCGGCGAUCACUUUAAUAGCCAACGUCAUAUGGUACGCUGACAAUUUCCUCAUCCAGAAAGUCCCAGCUGCUGCCAAACUUAUGGACCGGAAGAGUUUACAUUCCAUUAAAGCACAAAGGGAAGGCUACCUACAGACUCGGGCUCAGUCCUUAACCAAAGAUGUCCAGUCAUACUACGUGUUUGUCAGCUCCUGGAUGAUGAAAAUGGAAUCUAUUUUGGCAAAGGAGCCAAAAAUGGACAAAUUUGCUGAGGACUUGACCAACCGAUGUAAUAUAUUUGUACAGGGCUUUCUGUAUGCAUGCGGCCUUAGCAACAUCAUCAAAACAACGAUGAACUUGUAUAUGUCUAUGCAGAAACCUAUGACCAAAACGUCCGUGAAAGCACUAUGUAGACUUGUGGAACUUCUCAAGGCAAUCGAGCACACUUUCCACAGAAGAAGUAUGGCUGUCGCAGACUCUGUGUCCCAUAUCACUCAACACCUACAGCAUCAAGCUCUUAAUGCCAUCGCUGUGGGCAAGAAACGAGUAAUAUCAGACAAGAAGUACAGCGAGCAGCGGUUGGAUGUCCUGUCAGCCCUUGUCUUGGCGGAGAAUACCCUUAAUGGACCAAGCACUAGACAACGGAGACUAAUUGUAGCUCUGGCAUUAAGUGUGGGGACACAAAUGAAAACCUUUAAGGACGAAGAACUUCUCCCUCUGCUUCUUGUUUUGAAGAAACUGGACUUGAUAAGUGAAUUAAGGGAAAGAGUGAGGACGCAGUGUGACUGCUGCUUCCUGUAUUGGCAUCGAGCGGUAUUCCCCAUUUAUCUGGACGAUGUGUACGAAAAUGCUGUGGAUGCAUCUAGAUUACAUUACAUGUUCAGUGCAUUGUGGAGCUGUGUCCCUGCUAUGAAGUACGCCAGGCACCUGGAGUCCUGCGAGCUCUUACUGCAGUGCUACAACAAGGAAAUUAUGGACAUUUUGACAGAGCACCUGUUGGACAAGUUAUGUAAGGAGAUCGAGAAGGACCUCCGCCUCUCAGUCCACACUCACCUGCAGCUUGAUGAAAGGAAUCCAUUCAAAGUGGGCAUGAAGGACUUGGCUCAUUUCUUCUCUCUGAGACCAAUUCGCUUCUUUGAUAGGUUUAUUGACAUCAAAGCCUAUGUGACCCAUUAUCUGGAUAAAACCUUUUACAAUCUGACAACAGUGGCUCUCCAUGAUUGGGCCACCUACAGCGAGAUGCGAAACCUGGCAACUCAGCGCUAUGGCUUAACGAUGACUGAACCUCAUCUACCGAGUCAGACCUUGGAACAGGGUUUAGAUGUUCUGGAAAUUAUGAGGAAUAUCCAUGUAUUUGUGUCCCGUUACCUAUACAAUCUCAAUAACCAGGUAAGUCCCUUUUUUAGAAAAUUGACAGUGCUCCAGAUGUCCUUCUGGAAGGCUCAAUUUGACGCUGCCUUAUUUCUUUCUCUACAGAUAUUCGUCGAAAGGACAAGCAAUAACAAGCACUUGAACACUAUCAACAUCAGACACAUUGCCAAUUCCAUCCGAACACAUGGCACGGGAAUCAUGAGUACCACUGUGAAUUUCACAUACCAGUUUCUAAGGAAGAAGUUUUAUAUUUUUAGCCAAUUCAUGUAUGAUGAGCAUAUCAAAUCCAGGUUGAUCAAGGAUAUUCGCUACUUCAGAGAAGUUAAGGACCAAAAUGAUCAAAAGUAUCCUUUUGAAAGAGCAGAAAAAUUCAACCGUGGAAUUCGCAAGCUGGGCCUCACUCCUGAUGGUCAGAGUUACCUUGAUCAGUUCCGGCAGCUAAUUAGUCAGAUAGGAAAUGCCAUGGGCUAUGUCAGGAUGAUCAGGUCUGGUGGACUACAUUGUUGCAGCAACGCAAUCAGAUUUGUUCCAGAUCUGGAAGACAUAGUGAAUUUUGAAGAGCUGGUCAAAGAAGAGAAUCUGUCUGAAGAAACACAAAAGGCUGCAAGACAGCUGGAUUUCGUUCUCAGUGACCUAACACGAAAUUCUGCAGAAGGCACAGAAUACUUCAAAAUGCUGGUGGAUGUGUUUGCCCCUGAGUUCCGCAGCGCAAAGAACAUCCACCUUCGGAACUUCUACAGCAUUGUCCCACCGUUGACUCUGAACUUUGUUGAACACUCCAUAAGUUGUAAGGAAAAGCUGAAUAAGAAGAAUAAGCUGGGGGCUGCAUUUACUGAUGAUGGGUUCGCAAUGGGUGUUGCAUACAUCUUAAAGCUUUUGGAUCAGUACCAAGAGUUUGACUCUCUGCACUGGUUCCAGUCCGUAAGAGAAAAGUAUUUAAAGGAGAAAAGAGUUGUUUCCAAGCAGCAAAGUGUCCAGUCUAGCAAUCAGGAUGAGAAGCUACUGCAGACGAUGAACUUAACACAGAAAAGGCUGGAAAUCUACCUUCAGGAGUUUGAAUUCCUGUAUUUCUCAUUGAGCAGUGCAAGAAUUUUCUUCAGAGCUGACAAGACAGCUGCAGAAGAAAACCUGGAAAAGAAAGAAAAAGAAACAUCAAAGCUAAGCAGUGGGAGUCUGCCUGGGAAUCCUCCUGCCUCUGAUUCCGGGAUGAAAUGAAGCUGUGUGACAGACCUCUUCGUCAGAGUCCAUAAAUCACCAAGCUCUAGAACAUGCUCUCAUCUCAGAGACUGCUGGGGAACUCUCAGCAAACUGGAACUAGACGAUGCACUUCCCACUGAAAUGAAGCACUGUGAGCCCAGGAAUUCAAGUUAUAAAUGCGGAAGCUGCCAUGCUUACAGUUCAAUGUCAAAUCGGUACAUCUGGCUGCUUCAGAUCACAAAAGGACAGCUGACAUUACAUCUGUACCUAUAUGAGAGAGAAUAUUAACACAUUAUAUGAUGUUAUAACAUAGUGAUCAUGUUAAUGUGUCAAAACUGUGUUUGUGGUUUAGAAGUGGAUUAAAACUGGAACUGAACCGGGGAAGUUAGAGCUGUAUAGAUGCAUAGAUUUUGUAUAUUAACAAAAAGGAACACAUUUAAUAACAGAUUGUGGAUCAUAUGAGCGUGUACAGAUGUAUAAAUGCACAGCUUUUGUACAUCAUACGUAUAUUGUAAAUGUCGUAUCUACAAAUGUAAAAAUGUAUAAAAUAUAUACAUUAAUUCAACCUGU